UAAACUUGGGAGAUCUAUUAGCCGAAUAAACUGCCCAGUUAAGAUUUUAAAAUGAAAUUGGCCUAACUAUGCUAGGCUAUUUAAUCAGCGAAAUAGGCUACAUAUCUACAUAUAUAUUCAUGUGCCCAUACAGUAGGCUAGCGUUUGUAACGGAUAGUCUAAAAUUAGUGUGUCCCAUGACACAAAUUAUGGAGAGAACAGAUCCACAGAGCAGAAGCAACUCAUGUUAUGAUGCAUCACAUGGCGUGAAUCCAAUGGAUUUUUUCCCAGGUUAUUAUUUUGUAGUAACAAAAAAUACCCACACGGGAUUCGUCUCUCCAGUUGGAACGGGAUGAAGACCGUGCGUUUUGCUGUUGGGGCUUGUAUCAGUCUGAUUUUCCAAGUGGGCAUGACGCAACAGAGGAUGAAUGGUGAAUAUUGCCAUGGUUGGAAGGAUGCGCAGUCUAACUGGCGAGGGGGUUUCCAUUGUCCGGAGCGCCACGAUCAAAGAGAAGCGGCGAUUUGUUGUGGGAAGUGUGAGCUGCGCUACUGUUGCGCACUCAUAGGAGCAAGACUGGAUCAGGGAAACUGCAACAACCACGAGCAAGUUCUACAGCCUGGCACGGCUGAUGACGAGAAUGAUGCCAAAAGCCCAGUACCUGUCUAUGUCCCCUUUGUGAUCGUGGGCUCUGUUUUUCUGGCCUUUAUCUUUCUGGGCUCCAUGGUGGCAAUGGGUGUCUGUCUGAGUCGUAAACAGGAGAUCUCCCAAAGCCCAGACGAUGCUGCUGGGCCCCAGGGUGGGAGUGGAGAGCAGCAGCAGGAGGCUGUACCCAUGACUGUGAGUACAGGGACGUCCUGUGGUUCCACCUCAUCUCUCUACCCUCCCAAUGCCAGCCAAGCCUGUCCAACUGGACCCACACGUGUCCACCAAACCUUAAAGAGGCAGGAAACUCCCACCAGCUCACAACCCUCCAUGGUCCAACCUUUUACCAUGCAUCCCACCAUGGUGUUUUCUAGCCUGGUUCACCCCUCCAUGCUUCAUCAUUCCAUAAUGCAUCCUUAUAUGGCUCAAAUGCAUACUCUGUAUACCUCACAAGGGGAAAGCCGUCGUCUCCCAUCUCCCUGCCCUCCAUCCAGCUAUACCAGCACUAAACCCAGGCACACUGAAGUGAUCAUAUAAUUUGUGGCUUUGACUUUGAAAGACUCCAGUACGGAGUAUUUGGGUAUUCAAAUAGGAAAAUAUUAAUAAGCCCAGGAAAUGGAAUGUAAAUGUGUGGCAGCCAGUUUAGACUAAUAAAAAUGUUUAGGAGAAUAAUUGCAAUUGGUCAGUUAACAAUAAUUCAAUAAUUCAUAUUUUAUUAUUCCUUAAAAUGUAUAGUGUUUCUUUGUAAAUAUUCUGUACUCAUUUCUACAAUUUACACAUUCAAUUGUUGGACUUUUUUUGAUGUUUUUUGUUGUUGUCCAUAGAUAGUUAUAUUAGGCCUACUGUUUAGUAUUUCUGAUGCAAAAGCUACACUAUGCACG